AUGGAUAGCUAUCCUCCUGAAUUUAUUCUACAGCAUGUACCUUUGAUGGUAGUGUUUGGUUUAGGUACAGCGAAAGAUCUCGUUGAACAAACCACUGUAUCUUCGCCUGCCUCUUCCAAGUCAACGCAUUCACGGCAAAGUUCUUUAAGUACCAGCUCGACUUUUGCUUUAACAAGACAGCAAAUAGCAAAGAAUUUGCUUACUCAACUAACAGCAAGAAGUCAGGCUGGAGUUUGGGAGUUUGGGAAGAGCACUGGUACCAUGUUUCACGUAGUAGCAGUAGACAAGAAUUAUCAAUUUCCUCCUCGGAAACCUAUGAUGCGAUCCCCACAACCUUCGCAUCAUUCAACCAUGACUAUUCCGCAUUCACCUCUUUCACCUCUUACACCGGGUUCGCCUGUCUUUCCUGAUGGUUUAAUUCCUCCACCAUGGGUUCACAAACAUCGUGAAAUGUUACCAAGUGUCGUUGUAGGAUUUUAUGAUUUGUGGCAUCGAUCUAUGGGUGGGACAUUAAAAGAAAAAGAUGAAUCUUUAACAUCCUCAGAACUAUUGGGGUCGAUAGAACCCAUCGAAAAAGAGAAAGAUGGAAAUUUGGCCUUGGAGAUCAAUGAAAAGAGGAAAUCUCUCCAUGAAAGAGGCAUUAGAUUUGCUGCUGUAAUAUUACUCAAGGCGCAGCACUCAGAGGAUCCAUUAACCGAAGAAAGAUUAUUGUAUAUCCGAAAGGCAAGUGGUCUAGACGCAAGAAAUUGCUUUUUUUCUCUUCCACCGGAUAGAGAUAUUGCAGAUUUCGUGACAACCUUGCAAAAAGGGCUCUACGAACAUAGUUUGAAUUAUUAUCGUGAGCACGGUAAACGUGUUAAAAGAAAACGAACUAGAUUACCUUCUCCUGCUACUGCUGGUUACAUUCGUCCGUCCUCUGAUUACCAUUCAUCAGCACCUGCUCCUUUAAGUAUUCAAGGAUGGAUGUUUCGUUACGAUUACAAAAUGGCCACCUUUGCCGAAUUUCGGCAAGAAAUAGAUGCGUCCAUACAUUAUUAUGAGUCAGCUUACACCCUUCUUGUAGACUUUCUUGCACCACAGUCAGCAAUCACGCCCGGAGCUCCUGGUUUACCAGCACGUAGUAAACGAUGGGUUGAAGCCAGGGUUUUGGCUGAUUGCAUAAAUUUAAAGAUUUGCAAGUUGAACCUAUACAUUGAUGCUCCCUCCGCUGCGUUGGCUCAGUUAAACAAACACAUUGCAACUUUUAAGCGAUUGUGCAAUACUUUGGAAAUUGGUGACGAUACGUUUGAAUAUUGGUCGUGGUUAUCAAAGCAGUAUCGAGUUUUUGGCGAUGUGUUGGAAAUAGCUACCAGAUCUGGCUUUAUAAUACCCGAUCCAACUACAAUAUUUCAUACUACGUCAUCAGCGGACUAUCGAUUUGGUGGUACAUCAAAUAGUCCUAUGGCAGGUGCUGGUGUUAAUCCGACAAUGGUUCUUCAGCACCCCGGGUUUUAUUAUCAUUUGGCUGCGCAGUGUAAUUCUGUGAGGAGAAAAAAAUUUUUGGCUGUUGAAAAGAUUAUACAAGCAAGCGGUGAUGCUUUGAAGUUUCCAUCAUCCGUCAUUGAAGCAGAAAGAAAUAUUGAUCAUUCAACACUGACAAUAGAAUUACUUACAAAAAGUUACGAGCAAUUCAAAAAACAGAAGGCAGGGCGUAUGACACUCUACUUGGCUUCUGAAAUCGCUGGAACCUAUUUUGAAGCAGGAAAAUACGAUAUGGCAUUAAAAUUUUUUGAGCGCAUAGCAAAAACGUACCGCAAAGAAGAUUGGCACACAAUUCUUGAAUCAAUUUUGAAUUGGUCUUUGAAAUGUGCAAAGGAAUCUGGCACAUUGGACAAUGUUGUUGAAUAUUUAAUUGAACUUUUGUCUGACAAAUUUCAUAUGAGCGAACAAAAAAGGAUAGAAAUUCAAACCAGAUUGAUGAGCGUAAUAUUUAAGCCCUCAACAUUUGUUGCAACUCCUACGCCAUUCCAAAUUACUUUCAUAACACCAUUAGAUACACCACCAUUACCUUUACACUUUACAUAUUUACGACUAUCUUUUAACGACGCAAAUUUUAACCAUUACUUUACCCAUAACUCUAACGAUGAAUCCAAUGAUACAAAAUUACAAUGGGUAAAUUGUAAGGAAUGUCUACGAGAAGAAGUGAACGGUGAAGGCUAUGUAUGUGUCAAGAAUGUCGAUUUGACUUUUCGUAAAGGUUCAACAAAAGUUUUUGAAGGCCUUCUUGUUCCAAAAGAGAGUGGUGAUCUCCAACUUCAAAUUGUGACAUUGGGGUUGUUAUCAGAAAAUUGGAAAAUCGAGCUCCGGUUUGAUAUAAAUGCGUCACGAGAAGAACCCAUAAAGCGCAAAUGGUUGCAAUUUGGAGAAAACUCUGAUGGUGAACAAGCCGAAAAACCAUUUUUCAUGAAUAUCGAAGGAUCUGGUGACCGUGCUACGAUAAAGGUGACACAAAAACAAGCCAAGCUCGAUAUAAAGGUUGUUCACUCGGCACCUGCUUUAUUGGAUGAACACUAUCCAAUACAGCUCAGCAUAUUAAAUUUAGAACCGGAAGAUAUCAAAGCAGUAUUGAAUGCUGAACUCAUUUCAGAUUCUCAAGAAUCUGAAGAUGUUGUUUUUGAUUCUAACUUGAAUGUGACAAAUCAUCUGAAAGAUAUUGAUCUUGGUGUGAUUUCUUCAAACGGAUCUUGUGUCAAAACUAUAUACAUUAUUGGAAAAAAAUUCACAAAUAUGCGCACUCUUCGACUUACCGUAUUGUAUUCAACUUCGUCUUUAAUACCUUUAACGCCAACACCAAUCCAAAAUUGGAUUGAAAAGAGUGAAGAAUUUCGAAUACCGUUUAUAGCGCCUUUUUCUGUCGUUUUUAACAUUUCUCCUCAAGGGGAAGAAUUUGGUAAUGUACGAGAAACUUCUUCGUUAGAUCGAAUUGAACGACACUUUUUGGUUGCCAAAAUCACCAGCGUUGGACCAUGGGAUAUUUGUGUGUCUGGAAUUGAUUUAAUUUUGCUGGAUCAGGCAAACGCUCAAACAAAGAUUGAGAUUAUUUCAUCUUCAGUUGAAUUAGAUAGUGAAUCUUUAGAACAAGGAUAUAUAUUUAAUGUCGAUUACUUGUUGGAGUUGACAAUUUUGAAUGAUGCAUCUUCAAACAAAAGUGUGGACAUAGGAUUACUUGAUAUUCAAUGGAAAAGGAAUAAACCUUUUGGAGACAUUUAUGUUCCAUUUACAGAAACAACAAUGAUGGUGCCACAGCUUCAAAGACAUGAAUCAGAGCUAUCUGUUAUUUUGGAUAUACCAUCAAACCCUAUUGUUGGUCAAAUUUUUACACUUACGUUUAAGAUCAUUAAUUGGACAACUGCGCCGGUUCGAGUUCACGUAACAGUUGAAGUCAACGAUGCUUUCGUAUUUUCAGGAUACAAACAAACAUAUUUUAUUGUAUCACCGUUAUCCCCAUAUUAUUUCAAAGCUAAUUGCUUUCCCUUAGCACCUGGAAAAGUUAAAUUACCAAGAGUAAAAAUGUUAAAAUCUGGAGAUAAUGAUGCGGCAGAGCAAGAAAUUUCUAUUACCGCACCUGGAUUUAAGGAACCUGUUGAAGAUGAAUGGUAUAUGGUGUUUAUUAAACCUAAAAAAGAAAUAAAUAAGUAA